AUGGCUGUCCUGUUACUCAUGCCACUACUGGGCCUACUUAUCUUUCUCCUAGGACUCAUUGUCUGGAGCAUCUUUAAGCAUUUCCUCACCACAGAUAUCCCCUCUGCCUUGCAACAUCCCAUCAAGUUGAGAAUUCUGGACUGCAUCUUUAUAUAUGUGAUCACUUUGGGAAACAUACUAGAGAAGCUGAGAAUUUUCUCCAUGCCCAAAUUUGCCCGUUUUGUACAGGAUACAUUGUUUGUAAAAAGAAUGGACCCUAAAGUGGUGGUGACGGACCUGCACUAUGGAACAAUCCCUGUGAGGCUGUUUCAGCCCAAGGAAAUGUCCUGCGGCUCAAGGAGAGGCAUCAUUUUCUACCAUGGUGGAGCUGCUGUGGUGGGCAGCCUGGAUUUUUACCACAACGUGUGCCUUUUCCUUGCCCUGGAGACGAAUUCUGUGCUGUUGUCUGUGGGGUACCGGAAGCUUCCCGACCACCAUUACCCUGCCAUUGCCAAUGACUGCCUGAAUGCCACCAUCCACUUCUUGAGGAGACUGAAAACCUAUGAUGUGGACCCUUCCCGGGUUGUGCUCUGUGGAGAAAGUGCUGGAGGAGCAGCCGUAGCCCAGAUCACCCAGGCCUUGGUGGGCCAAAAAGAUCUUCCUCAGAUCCGGGCUCAAGUCCUGAUUUAUCCAAUCAUCCAGAUGGUAAAUUUCCAGUUACCAUCCACUCAGCAGCACAAAAAUGUGCCAUUCCUCCCCCUGGACUUCAUGAUGAUGUGCAUUUGUAAAUAUAUGGCCAUUGACCCUUCCUGGAAAGAUGCCUUGAUAACGGGUGCUUGUAUACCUCAAGAGACCUGGAAAAAGUACGAGAAAUGGCUCAGCUCUGAUAACAUCCCCAAGAAAUUCAAGAAUAAAUACAAGGAACCCCAGUUUCCUGGGCCUUUUAAUGAGGCUGCCUAUCUGGAAACCAAACAUCUGUUAGAUGCAGAAAAUUCCCCCCUCUUUGCUGAGGAUGAGAUCAUUGCUCAACUCCCUGAGGCCUUCUUGGUGAGCUGUGAGUAUGAUAUCCUCCGUGAUCACAGCUUGCUCUACAAGAAGCGCUUAGAAGAUCAAGGGGUCUCUGUGAGCUGGUACAAUGUGGAAGAUGGUUUUCAUGGAUGCAUACUUUUAUUUGAUAGGAAGCAUCUCUUAUUCUCAUGUUCCUAUAAAGUUGUAAAUGCUAUAGCCAAUUACAUAAAGGGCUUAUGA